GCAACUCGGAACUCUAUAAAAUACUUUACAAGCCUAGAGUAUGACAUACCUUAUGACGAAAUUUUGCAAGAUUUUACACUGCUGGAAUCGUUUGUUAAGCUAUCAGUGGUGAGGGCUACCAUUGCAAUAAAUGUAUGUAUUAGUAUGACCUUGUUAAAAACUAUAAGUAUUGGUUUAAAACAUGCUCAGUGCAGAAUAUCACUACAUCUAAAUUAAGAUUAAAAAUAUGUAUUAUCUUAUUUUUGAGAGUACAAAUCAAACACGCCGUUAUCAGCGGACUGGUUUACUCUCUGUUUUAGUAAAUAUGAUCACGUGAUUCAUGUAACCAAUCACUGGAGAUGAAGGCAACAAAAAUACUAUGAUUGUUCAGAGGCAAGGUUUCGGAAACAGAGUAACGGUUUAUAUGCGUUCGAAGGGAUCCAAAAAUGUCGGGUAGUUCAGCUCUCAGUAGCUAUUAUGUGGACUCUAUUAUGGGGCACGACACGGAGGAUGUGUACGGAGCGCGUUAUGUCCAGGGCUCACACACAGUGAGGCCGUCAGGUGUGGCGGAAAAUGCGGACUUCUCCUCGUGCAGCUUCGCUUCAAAGUCAGCCGUGUUCCCUGCGUCCUGGACCUCGGUUCACCAACCAUCUCCUGCUGCUGUGUCCGGACUUUACCAUCCGUACGUCCACCAGACCCAUGUUUCGGACAACAGAUACGUGCGCUCCUGGAUAGAGUGCGCUCCAGUCUCAAGCCAUAUCUCUCUAUCGGGGCUCCACUCCAGCAGUCGGCACAGCGGCACAAAGACUCAAAGUUUACCCUCGAAAAGGACUGAGAGCGCUGCUUUUGAAACAGAAACCGUUCCCGAGUUCAGCUGCAGGGCUGUGUCCGAGAGCGUAGACCAAGCGACUGAAGAAACGGCUGCAAAUGAUAUCUCGAGUCUCGAUGAACCUAAAGACGAAAAACAACAACAACUUGACCCAAGCAACCCUGCAGCAAACUGGAUCCAUGCAAGAUCAACAAGAAAGAAACGUUGCCCGUACACAAAAUAUCAGACUCUAGAAUUAGAGAAGGAGUUCCUGUAUAACAUGUAUUUAACGAGGGAUCGUCGUUAUGAAGUUGCACGAAUCCUGAAUUUAACAGAACGGCAGAUUAAAAUCUGGUUUCAGAACAGAAGAAUGAAAAUGAAGAAGAUGAGCCGAGAGAGAAGCAGCAAAGAUCCUUAGUGAACAGUGUGCUUCAACUUAAUAUCUUAUAAUGCGAAUUACUUGAAAUGAAUGGUUAUUCCACAAUAAAUUAUACAAUAGCUUGGCUUAAAACACCUAAAAUCUGUUUCUUUCCUAGCAACAUGGUGGAGUAGUUCAGGAUCUGAGAAUUCAGUGUUCUAUAUUUCAAAGUAAAAUUCAGCGUCAGAUGUUACUUAUACUUAUCCCUAUUCAUAAAAAUCCUACCACUAAAAUGUCUGAUAGGCAAUUAGGAUAUGGUUCGUGGUCUGUUCAGUUCCUAAUGUGCUGAGCUGUAAUUCUGUCCAUAAUGCAUGCAAAACCUGCUCUUCGCCUUCAUGCAUCCACAUGUGAUCAUUUACUGUGCCGUUUAUUUCUGUCCGUAAAUUGGACAUUAUGUACAAUCUCAUAUUUCUAAUCUAUCCUUUCAGAACUAGUGUAUUUCAAGUCGAAGCUCUUGCUGGUGUGAUAGAUGCAUCAAUACGGUCUAAAAAAGAAAAAAUAUAUAUUUUCUUUUUUUUUUUCACAGUGAAGCUUGCCUUCAGUGUUUUAUAAUGAAUUUUGGUGUAGAUAAGCUUUGUUAAAUACUCUACACGUGCAAAUACUGUGAAAUUGUUUGUCUCUCUCUUUUAAGCCAUGUUUACAAAUAAACUGCAUAUGUACAGACAUGUCUAAUAAAUAUGUACAGACCUUUUAAAUAACAGACAUGCAUUUUAUAAAUGG